AUGUCCAACAGCGUCAUCGUCGUGGGCGGCGGCCUUUCUGGCCUCAGUGCUGCACACACAAUCUACCUUGCCGGUGGCAACGUCACGGUCCUCGACAAGCAAGGUUUCUUUGGCGGUAACUCGACCAAGGCCACCUCCGGCAUCAACGGUGCCCUCACCCGAACCCAAGUCGACCACAAGAUUGCCGACAGCGUCAAGCAAUUCUACGAUGAUACCCUCAAGUCCGCUCGCGACAAGGCUCGCCCCGACCUGAUCAAGGUCCUCACAUACAAGUCCGCUGCCGCCGUCGAGUGGCUCCAGGACGUCUUCAACCUCGAUCUCACGCUCGUCUCGCGUCUUGGUGGUCACUCGCAGCCUCGUACGCACCGUGGCCACGAUGCCAAGUUCCCCGGUAUGGCCAUCACAUAUGCGCUCAUGCAGCGCCUGGAGGACCUUGCCGAGAACGAGCCCGAGCGCGUCACCAUCAUUAAGAAGGCCCGAGUUGCCAGCCUGAACAAGGAGGGCAACAAGGUCACCGGCGUUACAUAUGAGCACAACGGCGAGUCCGCGUCGCUGGAGGGCCCCGUCAUCCUGGCCACCGGUGGGUACGCCGCUGACUUUGGCGAUUCCUCGCUCCUCAAGCAGCACCGCCCCGACACCUUCGGCCUCGCCACCACAAACGGCACCCACGCCACUGGGGAUGGCCAAAAGAUGGUCAUGGCCAUUGGCGGCAACGGUAUUGACAUGGACAAGGUCCAGGUUCACCCCACUGGUCUGGUCGACCCCAAGGACCCCGGCUCCAAGUGGAAGUUCCUGGCGGCUGAGGCCCUCCGUGGCGAGGGCGGUCUGCUCCUCAACGCUGACGGUGACCGUUUCUGCGACGAGCUCGGCCACCGCGACUACGUCUCGGGCAUGAUGUGGGACGAGAAGAAGAAGGACAAGUUCCCCAUCCGCCUCAUCCUCAACUCUAAGGCCUCCAACGUCCUCGACUUUCACACCCGCCAUUACUCUGGCCGCGGCCUGAUGAAGAAGAUGACCGGCGAGGAGCUCGCCAAGGAGAUUGGCUGCAAGCCCGAUCACCUUCAAAAGACCUUCACCACCUAUAACGCCAUUGCCGACGGCAAGCAGAAGGAUCCCUGGGGCAAGAAGUUCUUCCACAACCUGCCCUUUGACAUCAACGAUGACUACCACGUCGCCGUGAUGGAGCCUGUGCUCCACUUCACCAUGGGCGGCAUCGAGAUCAACGACAAGGCCGAGGUUCUCAACUCGGAACAGCAGCCCUUCGAGGGUCUAUACGCCUGCGGUGAGCUGGCCGGUGGUGUCCACGGCGCCAACCGUCUUGGUGGCUCCUCGCUGCUCGGCUGCGUCGUGUACGGCCGUGUUGCUGGUGACACUGCCAGCAACUACCUCUUCCGCAAGGCUCUACAGGGCCAGACUGGCGCUGCCCAGCGUCUUGGCCAGAUCUCCCUCCACCUCGACCCUUCGGCGCCUGGUAAGCUGACCGUCGAGUGGGCCAACGGCGGUGCCUCCGGUUCCGGCUCUGAGUCUCUCGCCCAGAAGGCCGCCACUUCCGCUGCAGGCCCCACGCCGGCCAGUGCCGAUGGCGGUGCUGCUGCCAAGCCCAAAAAGCCCAGCGAGUUCAAGAUCCCCGAGAAGGAGUUUACUCUCGAGGAGGUGGCCAAGCACAACACCAAGGAAGAUCUUUGGGUCGUCGUCAAGGGCGUCGUCAUGGAUCUCACUAACUGGCUGGACGAGCACCCCGGUGGUCCCCAGGCCAUCAUGAACUUCAUGGGACGCGACGCGACAGAGGAGUUUGAGAUGCUCCAUGAUGACGAGGUGAUCCCCAAGUACGCGCCGCAACAAGUCAUUGGGCGGGUCAAGGGUGUCGAGCCAACAGAGUGUCCCCGGACGGCAGACAUUGUCUUCGAUAUGCCUUCCUUCGUACACAAGCGGCCGCUCCAUUCGAAGGCUUUCUCACUCCGCCAGCCAGCCAGCCAGCCGGGUGGCUCGAAUGGCCUCAUUACUAGGGUGCACCAAGAUGUGCUAGACAUCAUCGACUCACUCCGCUGUAUUGGCCUGGAGCAAUACGUCGACCUGCCUCAAAUCAUUGUCUGCGGUGAUCAAUCCUCCGGCAAAUGUUCUGUGCUUGAGGCCAUCUCGGGCCUGUCAUUCCCAUCCAAACAAGGCGUCACAAUCGUUCUGCCGCUGAAAGAAAGGCGCUCAAGUCCCUUCAGCAAACGGGCUAGCAAGAGCCCCGAGGAUUUCGAUUUGGGUACAGUCAUCCGUGACGCGGAAAAGGCCGUGGGCCUGGGUGAUACGAACAAGGGUUUCAGCAACGACACUCUCAAGGUGGAGAUCUCUGCGCCAAACUUGAGUCGUCUCACCCUUGUCGACCUGCCUGGCUUGUUCGUGGCGGGCGACAAGCGCCAGAGUGUGGAGGAUGCUCAAAUCGUCCGUGAGCUUGUCAUGUCGUACAUGGAGAAGCCUCGGAGCAUCAUCCUCGCGGUAGUGUCUGCCAAUGUGCGAUUUACUUUGCAGUCUAUCACGGAGCGUGCGCGUAAGGUAGAUCCCGAAGGGGCGCGUACCUUGGGCCUCAUCACGAAACCGGACAAGCUCGAUCACGCAUUCGAAGAUGAGCAGACGUACAUCACGCUGGCCGAGAAUAAGGAUGUCAACUUGCGUCUCGGCUGGCACGUUGUCAAAAGCAGGGACUGGAAGGACAGGAACAUGACAGCGGAGCAACGAGACGGCUCAGAGAGACAGUUCUUCGAGGAGAGGAACUGGAACCGCUUGGAUCCUGAACAACUUGGCGUCGCCAACUUGGUCGUGAGGCUGAGCAAGGUCCUCCGCCAGCAUAUCGUGUCCCAGCUCCCUCAGCUCCUCGACGAGAUCGGCAAACGCAUGGAUGCGGUCAAAGGCCAGCUCGCAGGCUUAGGAGAUGCACGAGCCACUGUUAACGACCAGCGCCGAUACUCAUGCCAUGUCAGUGAGGCUUUCACCCAUCUUGUCAAAGCGGCUGUUGAUGGCGACUACACCAAUCGAGCCUUCUUCCCUAAUGAAGGGAAAGAUGAGAACCGCCUCCGCGCACGCGUCGCCAGCCAUCUUACAGCAAUCGCGGAGAGUAUGCAGCAGCGUGGCCGCUCUCACGAAAUCUUUGAUGAAGAUGACCCAAUGGCUAGUUCGCAGAUGCAGAAACAUAAGGACGGCGUGUCGCCUACUUUUGAUGCCCCGGAAGCUAUCUCACGCGGGGAUUACAUCCUCCAUGUCCAGACGGUCUUGAGCCAUCCUAUCACGCACAACCAGCACAUGGCAAGGAACAUUCAGAGGGCUCAAAACAACCGCAAGAGAAAGAGAACCGAGCAUAUCCUCGACGCCCAUUUCCCGAACCACUCGAACUGGUCUAGCGGGUCGCUCACCAAAAAGACUCUCUUGUCCGCACUAAGCGCGGUCGACGACGACGCCGAUAUGGCCAAGCAUGCGGCUGUCAGUGCCAUUGGCACCAUGGAGGCAUACUACAAAGUCGCCCUCGAAAAGUUUAUCGACGACGACAGCGUCCCCGCCAUUGAAAAUUGCGUCAUGAAGCAACCCCCAACCAUCCUGUCGCCGAACGCCAUCUUUGACUUAUCGGAGACUGCGGUCACAAAGUUGGCUGGGAGAGUGAAGAGUCCACUGCGAGGCGCGGCAACCUCCAGAACAAGCGCAACGCCCUUUAGCAAGGUCUACACAAGCUGCUGA